CGCACCACCAUCGGGAUGACGUCACGGUUCCCACACAACGGAGAGAUACGCACUGAGUUUUAAGACGAGGUGGUCGUUCAGUGCGGUAAAAAAAGGACAAGAAAUUAGCAAUAUAGAUCACGCCGAAUAGUUUUUUUUGAAGAGGAGCUUGACUGUCUGUUGAUAAGGGAUAUCAUUUCUCUUAAGGUGUCUCUGUUGUCUAGCAGAUGAAUUUUGAGCAGCCUCCUCCGUACCAGGGCCCAGGCCCCACGGCCCCCAGUUACCCUGCGCAGGGCUAUCCUCAGCAGGGAUACCCUCCCCAGGGCUACCCCGUCAACAUGGAGCAGCCUGGUGGAUUCCCUCCUCAAAACCCGGCCUACCCGGCCUACCCUGCUGGCCCCGGGGGCCCUCCUGGACCCUACCCUGGCCAGGGACAAGCAGGCCCCUACCAGGGGGCGUACCCAGGACAGCCCCAGUUUGGAUGGCAGGGAGGACCACCCCCAGGACCCAUGUAUGGAGAGGCACCCAAAAACACAGUGUACGUGGUGGAGGAGAGGAGAAGAGAUGAUUCAGGCGACACGUGUCUGACUGCCUGUUGGACGGCUCUCUGCUGCUGCUGCUUGUGGGACAUGCUCACAUAACGUCUGACCCCUGACAUUUACCUUUGACCCUUACCUGCUUUGACCCUUACCCAUGGCCUCCUAACCCUUAACGCAAAGUCCCUUUCAUCUUAACCUAACCUUUGACCCCUGAGUCUAAACCACUGUCCCAGUCUCACCUAACACACUAUCCCUCCAUCUGCCCUUACCACCUUAAUCCUUCUCUCUCUCCUUAACCUUUGCACUCCUGCUGUCCAGCCCCAACCCCCGUACCUCCUGACCCAUGGUAGCAUUAUAUGAUAACCUCUAUCUUUUUGUGCUCCCACACCUGACCUAAGCCCCUCCCAGGGCUGUGCUCUGCCCUGUAGCCGGUGUAUGUUCUCUAAAUCUCAGGCGCUGUACUGUAGAUAAUGCUUCUUGUGGAACACAAACUCCUGCUCAAAGACGACACACAGAAUAUGCACUCAGAUCUCAGGCGUUCUGCUGUAGAUGACACACAUGCACGAACGAACACACACACACAUGCCUACACGCUCUCUCUCCUGGGCACUUUAACCUCUUACCUCUGAAAGGUACUUCUCCUGCCUCCCUCCAUCCCUCCUCUCGAACAAACCUCUAGUCAAACCACCCCUUAUUCCCUACACCAUAAAUCCUAAAACACCAUAUCAAAUGGCCCUCUAUCUACGCCAUAUCAGUCAUGGCUACCUAGACCAAUGGAAGCCAGUAAGCUACAGUGUCCCCCACCCCCCUGUCAACCCCCCACUGUACCAUGCUGAAGUUUGAACCGUCCUCUCUGUUAUGUUUGCAAACAGCUGCUGUUGUGCAAACAGCUACUGCCUGUUUUUCUUAGGAUGAAUCCUAUGAUAACAAAUUGAAUGCAUUUUGAAAGACCAUGACAAUGAAAAUGUCAUGUUUAAUUUCAUGUAAUAUUGGUUCCUAUGCUUGCAACAUUUUUCCCUGUUUGAAUUUUUUAAUCCUGAAUUAAUAUGAUUUGAUUGCUAUUUUCUUUUUAAUACCCUCAUUCCUUGAAGGAGAGAACAUGAAACAUUUUUUAAUCCUGAAUGAAUAUGAUUUGAUUGCUAUUUUCUUUUUAAUACCCUCAUUCCUUGAAGGAGAGAACAUGAAACAUUUUUUAAAUGGUGAAUGUUUAUGUAGAUGACUUUGCCUUACAUGAGAAUCUUGCGUAAAGAAUAAAUUAUUCCCAAAACAGUCAA